GUGUACUUGUAUGCACCGAGCGCCAUCUUGCAUCACCUCAUGACGGAACAAUCGGAUUUGGGAAAUGAAAGUGGAUUCUUCACAUAAAUCAGAAGCCGGUAGAAGACACAAUAAGGUCAAUUUGAAAGUCGCUUCCCUUCCAGGAAGAAACGGAAAGUAAACACAAGACUGAUAAUAAAUCAGGACUUUGAGCUGUCCCAGACUGCUCCCGAUAAAUAACCAUGGCAGACUUCAGCGAUCUCAUCGUGCAAAUCGGAGACUAUGGGUUUUUCCAGAAGAAACUCUUGGUGCUGUGUUCCCUGCCGUCGAUCCCCUUCACCUUUGUCCUGAUGGGGGUGCUUUUUCUAGGAAAUACGCCCAAUCACUGGUGCGCCAUCCCGGAGGCCGAGCGACUCCAGGAAGAGUGCGGCUGGACGGAGGCGGAGGUGAGGGAAGUCACUAUCCCCCGUUUGGAAGUGUCCUUGAGCCACUGCGACAGGUUCGACUUGAACUUGAGUCAGAAUACUUGCGGUGACCUGGAGCAACUACUCUCGUCCGACGGGAACUCUGUGAUGCCUUGUGAUGGGGGGUGGGCUUUCGAUCGAAGCCAUUCCACGAUUGUUUCGGAGUUCUCGUUGGUGUGCGAGCGAUCCUGGCUGGCCGAUCUCAAUCAAUUCACGAUGGCAUGCGGGCUAUUCAUCGGUGCGUUCAUCACUGGCUACAUGUCCGACAGGUUUGGCAGGAAGCCUUGUUUCAUUGGCUUCAUGAUUUGCCUCGGCAUUGCGGGCGUUGGUAUCGUGCUGUCACCGUGGUACCCGCUGCUUCUGGCAUUUCGCUUCCUGCAAGGCUUUUUUGAAAAGGGGGCAUGUGCAUCGUGCUAUGUUCUGUUGUUUGAGUUCUUCAGCUCAGAAAAGAGGAAAUUUGUGUCCGUGGUGUGCCAGUCAUUCAUCUCCAUCGGUAUGUUGAUCCUGCCUGGCUUGGCUUACCUUGUGCCCUCCUGGAGGACCCUGCAACUUAUCAUGAUACUACCCUCCUUCCUCUUCAUCCCAUACUACUGGAUUGUUCCUGAAUCUCCACGCUGGCUAUUCUCUCAAAAGAGGAACUCUGAGGCCAUGAGGAUUGUGUCCGAUGUGGCCAAGUGCAACGGGAGAAGAUUGCCGCAGAACUACCAAGAGGUAUUUUGCGAGGUUUCAAAACAGAAGAAAAAACAACAUCCUGUAUCUUUUCUGGACUUGUUCAGGACACCCUUCAUCAGGAGGAUCACGCUCAUUUUAAUUUACGCCUGGCAAGUCAGUUUGAACAACUUGGUAGUUGGACCUGAUUCCUUCCCAGAUUCAACUAUUUGCUUUGUCUGCAGGUUUUCCAGCAGUAUUGUGUUCUACGGCCUGAUUUUGAGCCUAGGGAUGACGGGUGACAAUCACUUUUUGGACUUCUUCAUGUCUUCAGUGGUGGAGAUCCCCGCGGGCCUCAUUUUCUACCUACUCGUGGACAGAAUCGGCAGACGCUCCCUCCUGGCUGGGACCAAUUUAAUCGGAGGCCUCGCCUGCCUGGCUGUGCCGUUCAUUUCCCCAGAGCUUUCCUGGUUGAAAAAAGCUGUGGCCUUCAUUGGGAGGCUCGCCAUUGCUACCACACUGAUGACGCUCAAUUUUGCCAACACUGAGCUAUAUCCCACCACUCUGAGAAAUCUGGGCACAUGCGUGUGUUCAUCGGCCUGUGACGCUGGCGUUAUUGUGGCCCCGUUGCUGCUCUACAGGUUGGCCACCUUCUGGCAGGAGCUUCCCUUUUGUCUCUAUGGGGUUAUGUCGGUAGUCACCUGCGGCUUGGUGACACUGUUGCCGGAGAUGAAGGGAGUUGCUCUUCCCGAGACCAUAGAGGACAUGGAGACUCUAAGACGGAAACAAAACCAAUCCAAGGAGGAAAACGUCUCGAUGACAUGACAAGAAAACGGCGCCUCAAGAAUAUUUCGGCAUCUUUCUGGAUUUCAAACCCUGUUGGGAUUUUGUUUAUUACUUCGACAAAUGAAUUGCUAGGCUAUUGUGGGAAAAUUCUUGGCACUUGGGCAAACUCCUCCCAGGAAAAUAGUCCAAAUGAGCUUCGAAACGGCGAAGCUGUUUUGCCCAUCUGACGUAACCCCUGCAUCAAAGUUUGGCCGAUGAAAACGGGCUUGUGAGGGCCCACUCAUCUGCGCUUGGCACUUAAUUUAUUGUGUUUACGAGGCUUUUCCCUCCAGUGUUCUCAGAACAAAUUAGGAGGUGCACAAGACAUUGAUGUAUGACAUCAUCGUUACUUUCUCCUUGUGUCUAUUUUAGAAGUACCAAUAAAGUAAACUGUGAGAUG